AUGACCGACCUACCCACAUCCGCGGGCCAGCUCGCCCACCUUUUGCCGCCGUCCUGGAAAGCCCAAAUCACGACUUGGCUCGCCGAAGAUACACCUUCGUUCGACUAUGGCGGCUUCGUAGUCGGUGAAGACCCGCGGACGGCGACCUUGUGGGGUAAGAGCGCGGGUAUCGUCGCCGGCGUUCCCUUCUUCAACGAGAUCUUUGCUCAGUGUGGCUGCACCGUCGAGUGGCACCUGGAAGAGGGCGCCGAGGUCCUGCCUUCCAAGGAGAACAAUGGCAAGGUCAAGGUCGCCACGGUGCGCGGGCCGACCCGGCAACUGCUGCUGGGCGAGCGCGUUGGUCUCAAUAUGCUGGCCCGGUGCUCUGGCAUCGCCACCAAGACGCGGAAGAUGGUCAGGCUGGUGCGCGAGGCCGGCUAUACAGGGAUCCUGGCCGGCACGCGCAAGACUACCCCCGGCUUCCGCCUCGUGGAAAAGUACGGCAUGCUGGUCGGUGGCGCCGAUGCCCACCGCAUGGAUCUGAGCUCCAUGAUCAUGCUCAAGGACAACCACGUCUGGAGCCGGGGCAGCAUCACGGAUGCCGUCAAGGCCGCCCGCUCCGUCGGCGGCUUUGCGCUCAAGAUCGAGGUCGAGGUGCAAAACGAGGCCGAAGCUGACGAGGCGAUCGAGGCUGGCGCUGACAUUGUCAUGUUGGACAACUUUACCGGCGACGGCGUCAAGGUUGCGGCCAGGAGCUUACGGGAACGGUGGCAGGGCAAGAAGUCGUUCCUGCUAGAGGUCAGUGGUGGCCUGAAAGAGGAUAAUGUUGCGCCUUAUGUAUGCAACGAUAUUGAUAUCAUCUCAACAAGCUCCAUACACCAAGGUACUGGAUAUGUUGACUUUUCUCUCAAGAUAAAUCAGUAG